AUUAGUCGGCUCCUUUUUCCUCCUUUUAAAUCCUUACCGUUGGAUGGAAGUUCUAAUCUUUUUGCAAAAUCAGAUAUUUUUGACUAUAUGUAUCACACAAUCUUUUUCUAUUUUCCCAUUCCUUAUGCUCAUCUUUUAUUUGGCCAAUCCUCCAAAAACUCUAAAACUUGAUUAUUUAUGAAGUGAAUUUAAUUUUUUUUAGUCAAAUUAAAUUUUGGUGAUCUUUGAAGUGAAGAAAAAUGGGGGAAGUAGUGGUAAGUAGUGAAGAUGAAUUGGAAAUAAUGGAAAUUGUGAAAGAAGAAGAAUUGAAGAAAAAGAAGGAUUUUAAAGAAGGUUCUAGUUCAACAAUGGCAAGAUUGGAGAAUGUUCUACCAAAAUUGGGUCUUAGAAUAUUAUUGGUUGAAGAUGAUGAUUCAACUAGACAACUUAUUGCUGCCCUUCUUAGAAAAUGCAGCUAUAAAGUUGCUGCAGUUGCUGAUGGUCUGAAAGCUUGGGAAAUAUUGAAGGCAAGACCUCAUAACAUAGACCUCAUAUUGACAGAAGCCGAAUUGCCAUCCAUUUCUGGAUAUGCUCUUCUAACCUUGAUUAGAGAACACGAAAUCUGCAAGAACAUCCCAGUUAUAAUGAUGUCCACACACGAUUCGAUUGGGAUGGUCUACAAAUGUAUGUUGAAAGGGGCGGCCGACUUUCUUGUAAAACCGAUUAGGAUAAACGAGCUGAAAAACUUAUGGCAACAUGUUUGGAGAAGGCAAUCUCAGUUGAAUCGAGAAGGUCUUGGUCCACAGGAUGAGAGUGUAGCACAGGAAAAACUCGAAGCCACGGCUGAAAACAAUUCUACAAGUGAUCAUUCGAGCAGCUCGAAAACUUGUACUCUAGGGCAAGAGCUUAUUAACAAAAAAGGAAGUGAUGCACAGGUUAGGAACCUUUUCCUUAGCUCUUGUGGAAACCCUGACUUAGAUGAUGAGAGCACAGACAUGGCUGAAGUGGAAGAUUAUUCACAGCCAAAGCAGGGGAUUUCUCCUGAUUCAGAAUUGAUACUACAGAAACACAGCAACUUUGGCAAUUCAAGUCAUAAUUUACGCACUUCUGAAAGUGCUGUUGCAGGAUCAGACACUGCUGCCUGCAAUAGCAACAAUGCGAUCAAUGAAGAACAACGAAGAAGUCCUAGGGAGGAUGUGAACAUAUGUACAGAAGCUAAUGACAAUACGGAUGUUCACCCCAACUUUUCAAGAGAAGCCAUUGAUUUGAUAGGAUCUUUAGAUAGCAACUCCAGACACAAUGCGUGUGCAAAUGAUGGAGGUGACAGAUCAGAGCCUUGUCAACAAUUGGAUUUGACUUUGAGGAGAUUCUUUCCCGGCACUCUUGAAAAUAAGAGUGGCAAUGAAAAUCAAAUGCUCAAUCAUUCCAAUGCAUCAGCUUUUACUCGGUAUGUAAACAAGCCAUCACAAAUGUCAAAUUCGAACCCAACUUCUGUUGUUACUCUUAAAGACUACAGAGUCAAUUCUGGUGAUCUUUUAUCUGACAAUACCAAAAACUCUAUGUCUCCAUAUGAUAGAAAGGUGAUAUCCCUCCCAACAAGUCUUGCAAAAGAAGUAGAAAACGAGUACAGAACUGCUUCAGAAAAACUAUUUCCAAUGGGAGGGAGACAAGUAGAUGUUUCUCCUAUGACAUCAGUUUCACCUAGUCCAAGUUCUGCUAACCAGCAGCAAACGAAUUCUUACCAUCAAUUCAGCAUUGAUAUGAUUAAUGGUAUACACCAUUACCAUGUUAUCGAUCAAAGUACUAAACCAUCCUCCAAUCAACCAAUGAGUAUGCAGCAGGAUCAGACUAAGCAGGACUCUUUAGAGGAGCGUGCUCAUUUCUCUUCUGCUGCUGAUCAAAGUACGAGUGGCUCUUUGCAUAAUGACACAGGCGCAGGAACUGGGCAUCUUAAUUGUGGAAUUUCCGAGGGUGGGAAUGAUCAAAGUCAUGUUACUCAAUUGACUAGCCAAAGAUCUUUGCAAAGGGAAGCAGCCCUUAAUAAGUUCCGGUUGAAGAGAAAGGAAAGAUGCUAUGAGAAGAAGGUUCGUUAUGAAAGCAGGAAAAAGCUUGCAGAGCAACGACCACGAGUAAAAGGGCAGUUUGUACGACAGGUGCCUCCAGAUCCUCCACCGCAGAUGUCUGACAAUUCCGGUGGCAUUUCAACUGCCAAUUAGCCAGGGUUGUCAUGUGAUUUGGAUUUGAUGUAAAGUUACAUACAGAAUUAUAAUAGAUAGGUGUUAGUAUGAGAUUUUUGUAUGUAUUUAAAAGUAGAUCAGUAGAUGAAAAUACCAUGAUUGUUUUGGUUUAGGAUUUAGACAAAGAUUCUUGAGACAGAACUUGAGAUUACAUUGUAUACAAGAUUAAAUUGAAAUUAACUUUCUUCCA